AUCGUCUCAUGGAACCACACACCUAAGUACCGAAAUUGAGUGCUGCGAGGGAGAAUAGUAGUGGGCGAGCGCGUACACGUUCUAUGCGUUUGUGAUGAUCGAGGAGGGGACGGAUUCAAGAGCUCAACAUGGUGCGUUCCUAUAUACGAGCCCAGAGAUCGAACCAUUAUGUCUAAUCAACGUCGCUCCUCCAGGAGCAGUCGCCAGUGUGGCCAUUGAUACUACAGAACAACCGGGUGGUCACCGAAACGACGAUAUGUGGGUACCGGACGACAAACGUUUUGACGCCUUUCGGGAAGCUUUCUGUAAGGACGAUCCUUUUCAUUCGGAGGUCACGUUUAUGGUGCCAAAGGACCAUGCGGGUACGAUAGCGCCAGGGACUGAGCUUUUGACGGAUACGUACAAGCUGGAUAAACUCUGGAGCAUGCAAAUUGGUCCGAACUUUGAGUGAUUGUAGUGGUUUUUACAGAACACUACUCUCGGAGGGCAUAGUGAGUGAACGAACAUGGAUGUGCUUUAUGUCGGUGAACUUGUUACUUGACUCAUCGUAUAAGUAUGAUAUUUCAAUGGGAGGCCUUUAUCUUCUUUAAGCCCAUCAGACAUCCAGUGCAUUGGCGCGUGGUGUGAGCUGGUAUGUGAGUGGCGGCCGGCGGCACUGGGUGGUGCGCUCGGCUGUGCGGUGGAUGGGGCUGGCAUGCUUAUCGCUGAUUGACUGAUUUGUCUAUGUACGAAUUCAUGAUGGACUGAUGGACACAUUUUGCCAUUGCGCUAUACGUUAACGUCUUGCGUUGAUCAGGCUUCAUCCGAUCUCCCUCCCCUACGCACGGCUCUCUCCCAGACAAGCAUGUCCGUGUGUCAUGAGUCGUCUCAAUGCGUCGAUCGUUCUCGACUGGUGGCGUCACCACUUCACGCGAGGAUUCUCAGACCUUGCAGCCAUCCAAUCGUGUGUGCACCUCUCUGUGCUGCCUCUCUUAAGAGCAUGCACGUGUGUGUGCUCCUCCUCUCUCCCCUGUACCGGUGUGAGUGAGCGAUCGCGUCUAUGUCGGACAGCAUUCCGCUGGUCGUCUCGUGGCGUCUCGUGCCGACGAUUUCGAUCACGACGCACACCACCACCGUGUCCCUUGUUGUACUUGUUGUUCUUGCCCUUGUUAUUGUCCUUGAUGACACGCACCUUCUCCUUGCGCUCGACCUCAUCGAGGUGGCUCUUGAGUAGCUCUGCGGCGCGCUUCAUGCGGUGGCUGCUUGGGAAGAGGGUGAUGCUGUACAUCUUCUUGUCGUGCGUCAGCCGCUUGCAGUCCCAGUGGAGGUGGCCGUCGUUGAGGCAGUACUUGCAGUUGAUGGAUUCACCACCAUCGGCCGCCCCUGCACCCUCGUCGACGUCCAU